AAAACCUUGCACGUAGAUGACUGUCACAUUGAUGUGUAUCUAGCUGCUUGGUUAAUUUAAUGAUAUCAAUAAUAGAACAAUUUAAAUAAUUAAAUUCCCCUCGUUUUAAUUCGUCUGAAUCGAUUCGUAACACAUAGUUUUUAUUCUAGUCACUUUUUACAGUUCUUAUAAACGCCUAAAAAUGUCGAGGAGAAAAAUGUCGUCAACUGAGGCACGCGAUUUACUACGAACUUAUCGUGAGAAUAAUACCCGCAACAGUACCAAAGUGGUGGUGCUAUGGCAGGAUGUAAUGAAGGAUAAUGUUCACAGUCUAGGCAGUGAAAAAUUUGCUGUAAUAGAACAAGCAUACAUUGCUGCAUUAGACACACAACGAAUGGAUAUUGCGAAUGAGUGUUAUAAAGCACUCUCGCAUGAAUUCCCGGGCAGUUUACGAGUGAAAAAAUUAGGCGCGAUGCAGCUGGAAGCCGUCGAAAAGUAUGAAGAAGCCAUGGAUCUUCUGGACUCCAUCAUCAAGGUGGACAAGGCCAAUAGUGCUUGCAGAAAGCGGAAGGUCGCCAUCUAUAAAGCUCAAGGCAGAAUUCCGGCAGCAAUUAAAGAAUUAACUGACUAUUUAAAAAUAUUUGCAGCAGAUGCUGAAGGAUGGCAAGAGUUAUCAGAAUUGUAUAUUAGCGAGUGUGACUGGCAGAAAGCCGCAUUUUGCCUUGAAGAAUUGAUUCUACACAACCCACACAAUCAUCUGCUUUAUCAGCGUUACGCCGAGAUUAAGUACACGCAAGGUGGUGCGGAAAACUUCGAGUCGGCGAUGAAGUACUAUUAUCUUGCGGUGAAACUUUGUCCAAAGAAUUUACGAGCUUGUUAUGGACUAUAUUUGUGUGCAAUUAAUUUAGGAGCGCUCACGAAAUCAUCAGCGGAGAAGAAGAGCACCUACGCCGCGAUAGCAAAACACGCGAUGACCAAAGUACAAAGCAUUUACGCGAAUAAGCAAGCCGACGUCACGGCGCUCAAUGAAUGCUUCAGCGCGCUACAAAUGUAGUAAUAGCGCUCGAAAUCAAAACUUUUCUUUAGCCAAUUAUGUUGUAACUAGCGUUAGUUUAAAGAUUAAUAUCUACACAGGAAAUUAACAUUAUUACUCGCCCAA